AUGGUGUUCCUGACCACCAAGGUGAUGCAGAGGACCGCCCUGUUCGUGACCUUCGGGGGGCUGGUGACCUCCCUGAUCACGGCCUUCAUCCCGCUGUGGAAGACCAUGAACUCGGAGCUCAACGAGGUGGAGAACUACUACUCGGGCCUGUGGCACAUGUGCGUCUUCACGGAGGAGGUGGGCGUGCAGUGCAAGGCCUAUGAGUCGACCCUGGGGCUGCCCGGGGACCUGCAGGCGUCCCGGGUGCUCAUGCUGGCCUCCCUGGCGACGGGGGCCCUGGCCGUGCCCGUGGCCCUCCUGGCCAUGGAGGGGGUGGAGGUGUGCCGGGGCCGGCCCGGGCUGCGGCGGGGGCUGCUGCUGCUCAGCGGGGGGCUCAGCUGGCUGUCGGGGCUGGCCACCCUGGCCCCCGUGUCCAUCGUGGCCUACAGCACGGUGGUGGAGUUCUGGGACGACAACCUGCCCGACGUGGUGCCGCGCUGGGAGUUCGGCGAGGCCAUGUUCUCCGGCUGGUUCGGGGGUCUGGCGCUGAUCAUCGGGGGGACCCUCUUCUUCGUGGGGGUGUGCAUGGCGGACUUUGAGUCCCGAACCCCUAGCCCCCCCAGCAGCCCCCAGGUGAGCCGCAGGGCGAAGCACUACCUGAAGACGGAGGUCCUAUGAGAGGAAAGGAGAGCCCUCCUCAUCCCGACGCUCCGUAAACACCUGACUGGAGACGGGAACACUUUCCCGUUUGGGAACUGAGGAACGGGACGAGGAGAGACCGUUUUUGAACAUCGCACGUCUUUUGGUCGGACGUGAUUUUGCUGGAUUUGUAGCUUGUUAAAUGUUUGUUAACCUUUCAGACGACUGAGGUCGUGCAGAUCUGCCAAACCUCUUUCAGUAUAAGAAUAGGGAGGCUGUUGAAAGAUGCUUUGGCAGGUUUGACUGAUGGUUUCUUAGGGUUGGUCGUGGUCCAACAAUCAUAUCUCAGUAGUUUUUGUGCUUAUUCCCGCAUAAAGAACCAGAUUGUAAACUAUUUUGCUCCAUUGCAUCGUAAACUAAAAUGCAUCAAAUGGAAUAAAUGAUCAAAAUUUGCUCUAAAAUAAA